AUGGAUCGAGUGAAAAACGUUGGUUACUCGCCCUGUUGCGGUGCCCACUCGGCUGUGUUUCUUCGUAAGCUAGACAAUAAGUCAUAUUAUUUGCCUGAGAAAGAGAGAAUAAAGUUUCUAUACACAUUAACAAUGCCUAUACGAAGUGUGUCUCUAUCCUAUGACCAUACUACUGCCGGUACUGUUGUAAUGUGGAGGCAGUUCAUUCAUGAAUGGAGCGCCAUCGUGCGGCUUUACAAACCUGUCCUUGAAUUUGCUCCAGUCAUUAAUGAUUAUGCCAACCAGUUGAACAUGGAAGUGAGGUCUUUCUCGUACAAGCGUCUGACAAUGGCUUACGGAAAAGACAAAGCAAAUACAGUAACAAUCCGAUGGGAACCAGAACGAAAAUGUUUCACUUUGCCACUCGGAACUGGAGGAUCUGCUAAGGCUGCCAACUGUCAUGUGAUCAUAAUGGAGCAACUCCGUCAGGAGUUCAACCAACACCAGAAUAUUGCACAACUCAUGCAG